UCAGUCAUCGCAUGUCCAGCACCUACUUGCUAGUCGUCCUCCUAUCUCACUCAGUGUUCUUUUAGGGUCCUUCGCAAGUGAGACGAAACGAGAAAGGGAUAAUACGGAAGCUCGAUCUGCCUUUUAUACAGUGUCCCUCUGUCCAGAAGAUAGUUUGCGAAGUACUCGGAAAGUUGCACAGCUAAGAUUUCGAGCUUGCAAGAGAUGGAAAACAUCACUUCUCCUCCACCAAAAGUACCAAAAGACUCCGAGAGUUCGCAUGUGGGGCUUCAGAUUGCGUUUUGCCUGAUCGCAACGACUUCGUUCGCCUUCAAUCUGUUGUUUUGUGUGAUGCUUUUGAGAAACCCUACCAUGCUCAAGAAAGCUCAUAACAUCUUGUUGUUUAGUUUGGCUGUCGUAGAUGUGUUGACAGGUGUCUUUAUCGUCGCCACCCCUGGUUACGUCAUCCUGAAGUCCUCUUACCCAGUCCCCCACGGAGCAGGAGGUGAAGUUUUCUGCCGUCUUCUCAGCAACAGAUAUUUGUUGUUCGCCAUGGGAAAAGUCUCCAUCCUCCUCGUAGCUUGCUUGGCCAUUGAGCGAUGGUUCUGCGUCUUUAGACCAAUGAAAUACGAGAAACACUUUAGCAGGAAACGCGUUUUAAUUUACGUAGGCGUUAUGUUUAUUGUAACCUGCAUUCUCUCCAUGAAUAAGUUUUUCGAGAUAAGUGUUUCUGGAGAGAAAUGCAUCACAAAGAAAGCACCGUAUGGUAAGGAAGGAACGCGGGCUUUCAUUGUCACGUACAGUGUAAUUACUUUCUACAUGCCGUGUCUCUCGACAUGGUUUACUUUUGCUGAUAUAGCAAUCAAUCUUCCAUCAUCCCCAAGUGGGAGUGCCAAUGUUGAGACCGAGCGCAAGUUACAGAAAGUUCUUCUGCGCAUGUGCGCUUUAGCGGCAGUCGCUCUAACAGUCUGUGGUUUUCCUGCUCAAACCAUUUAUACCCUGAGUCCUUUUGGGAUCACUAAGAUUGGCAGCUCGGUACACAAAACUUUCAACGUUCUCGUGCUUUUCAAUUCUUGCAUGAAUCCCUUCAUAUAUUAUUUCUCUAACAAGGAAUACAGAAAGGCCUUUAAAGAUCUUCUCAGAUGCAAAGGAAAGCAGAGUGGAAGAGAUAUGGAGUUAGAGACUCAAGUGACUGGAUAAGUUCAUUAUCGUGAUGGUAACUAG